UCUAUUUAAUUUGUUUAUUUAAAAAGCACUUUUUGAUUAAUGAAAAAUGUUAUCUUUGAUUUGACAGUUUUUUAGAGAGUUCUCAAGGACAUUAAAAUUAUAUAUAUCACGAUUACAAGCAUUACGAAUUAUUAAUAAGCGCUUUAAGAAUAUCUCAAUUUUUUACAAAUAAAAUAAUCAUAUUACAGACAUUCUGCUUGUCAAAUUCGCCAGGCUCCAAAUUAAUUUACUAGCUUUGCUUUCAUAUCAAUAAAUUAAGUUUUAUCAGAGUAACCGAGCAAUUCAAUUCCUCAAAAGUAUUUAUUUGUGUAUGCGAUACGCGCUUGUUAACGAAUAUAUAUAUCAUAUAUAUGUAAACUCGAAUGUUAUCACUAAUAAAUUAUAAAUACCGCAAUAUCUACACGCAACUUUAAGAUACCGACUAAGUAUCAGUAAGUUAUAAUAACAACCGUAACGCUGUUUGGUAUUGAUAUAAAUAAAUUGUUAAGGCAACAAACUAUGAGUGAAAACAAAACUGCGAUUGUAACAGGUGCUAAUAAGGGCCUAGGUUUUGCCAUCGUCAAAGGUUUAUGUCAAAAUUUUAAGGGCUUAGUAUAUUUAACAUCACGAAACGAAGACCGUGGUAAGACAGCUUGUCAAGAAUUACAGAAAUUAGGUUAUACACCUCAGUACUACAAGCUCGACGUAACCGAUGAAAAAAGUGUUUUAAAUUUAUGUUCAUUUUUAAAAUCACGUAAGAUUGAUUUGUUAAUAAACAAUGCUGGAGUUCUGUUUCUAAAAGAUUCAAAAGAAUCUAAGAUUACCCAAGCAGAACAAACUUUAUUAAUUAACUUUUUCGCUUUAGUUAACUUUACUGAAGCAAUUUUACCUUUUAUGAAUGAUAAUGGUACUAUUCUCAAUAUUUCAAGUUCGUCUGGACACUUAUCACGAAUACCUUCAGAGAAGUUAAGAAAAGAAAUAAGCAAUCCUAAUCUUAGCUUAAUUGAUUUAAAGAGUUUAAUGAAGAAAUACAUAGAUUCUGUAAAAUUUAACAGAGAAAUUUCCGACGGCUGGGGCGAUUCGCCCUAUGUGGUGUCAAAAGUUGGCUUAAAUGCCUAUACUUUUAUACUGAAUCGGAGACUUAAAGAAAGAGGUAUUUUAGUAAAUUGCGUGCACCCCGGUUAUGUAAUGUCAGAUAUGACACGAGGAGCUGGUACUGUGAGUCCAGAACAAGCUGCUGAAGUCGUGGUGAAAUUAGCACUUACACCUGAAACCGGCGGUUUAUAUGUAUGGCAUAAUGGUGUCACCGUGCCAUGGGAUGGACCGGAUCCACGGGGAUAUAUUGACGGAAAACCUUUGUAAUAUAACCUUAAAUGCAUCCAUAUCAUUUGUGUAACACAAAACAGCAAUUAAUAAAGAAUUAGGUCAUUUAAAUUUUCUAAGUUUGGGAAAUAAAUUGCGAAUCAUUUAUUUUUCUUUGAUUCAAUGUCAAAAAUCAAUAACAUAAUUAGGAAUGAAGAUAAAAUAUAUCUUUUCGGAUAUUUCUGUAUUUAACAUUUCGCAUAAAUUAACAAUAUAUUUUUUUUUAUAAUGGUUCAAUAGUUUUAUAAAAAAUAUUUUUCUUGGGGAAUAAAAUGUCAUUUAUUUGAUCUUGUUACUAUAAUAGUUUUAGUCGUGAAUUUAUUGCAUUUUACUUGGUCGUAUUAAGUGAUAUAAAUAUUUCAGAACAUUUUGUUUAUUAUAUUUCUUAUAACAUUAAAUAUAUAUUUAUU